UUCAGAUAUGGACCAAUUGACACCUACAUAGAGUUAUUUAAGACCUAAGUGAGUUUUUUUAAUCUAGACCCAAGUUUAGGCUGGUCCUAACCAGAUACUACGAUGGCUAUGUUUAAAUUAAAAGGUUGCCUUAAAAUCCUCAUCACAACCCUGCUGCUGCAAGGGUCCUACAGCCAAGAAGAGAUGGAGAUCUGCAACAAGAAGCCGCUGCAGACGAAGACGGCCCCGUUGCCCCCGGACAACCGCUUCGUGCUGGAAAUUGUCGGAGUCGAUAAUGAUUAUAUACCAAAUACUACAUACACUGUAAGACUUUACGCGAAAGACGAACAGGCUUCGUUCAUAGCGUUCACGAUAUCAGCGACUGGUGACCAGAAGCCGAAUGAGAGGAACCCUCGCAAGCCUAUUAUUUUGGAGCACGGGAGGAUAUUGAGCUCUAUCAACCCUGAUGCACACGAUACCACUACGAAGAGUGUCUGUCCUGACACCGUGUUUCAGGCUAACGUGAUGCCGAAAACUUCUGUUGAGGCGCAGUGGAUAGCGCCUCCAAAAGGUAAUAAGUGUGUAACAAUAUACGCCUACGUAGCAGUGAAGCCAGAUGUAUGGUACAGCUCUGACGGCCCCCUGUCCAAGAAGGUCUGCGAGGACCAUCGGAAGAACGAAGAUAUGAAACCUCCGGAGAACAACGAUUGCAGGGUUUGCGAGGAGGCCCGUUAUGAGCUGAAAUUCGAAGGAUCCUGGUCUUACAACACCCAUCCGCUGAUGUAUCCGAAAACCGACAAAGAAGUAAAAUUCAGCGACAUUGUUGGCGCAUCACAUGGGAAGAACUUCAUCCUCUACCGAGACAAUGCUGAUGCCAGUGAGGGUCUACAGAUGUUAGCCAAGCAAGGGAAUACCACCAGACUUGAGGAGGAGAUUUUAGAAAUGCUUGGCGACAGCGUGAGGACGGUAAUAAAGGCAACAGGACCUCCUAAGACUUGGAUGUCAACAGUCACCAGUUUCCGCACCAGCGCUCAGCACCACUUCAUCUCCCUCGCGUGUGCCAUCAUCCCCUCACCUGAUUGGUUCCUGGGCGUCUACAAUAUGGAACUCUGUGACGUCAAAACAGGCAACUGGGCGACUAAUGUGGUACUAAAUCUGUACCCGAUGGACGCUGGGAUCGACAGUGGUUUGACUUUUGAGUCCUCUGACGAAGCGACGUUGCCACCGAAGCCGAUAGCGAAGGCCGAUAUAUCCCGUGAAGUGCCUUACGACAAGAUGCGUCCAUUUGCGAAGCUCAUAGUGACUCUAGUGCGAACCUACGCCAACCCCAACUGCAUUCAAGAAACCUUUACAGCUCCUUCUAGCACUGAUGAAGAAUUUAAACCAGAACCACCAACCAGCCCCCCUGUAGUCCUGGACCCGAACAACGAAGUCCCUGACUGUCCAGUGUCCUCGUGGGAAGAAUGGUUGCCUUGUGAGGACGAGUGUAUCGACGGGAAGAUCGACGGCUACCAGACCCGGUUCCGAUACCACGUCAUCAAUGGUGUAGCGAUCAAGAACUUUGAAGAUGAGAAUGGUGAUGCAAAUACACCAGAAGUACCGGAAGAAUGCGAAGAAGUCUCUACCAGCGAGACACGGCAUUGCGAGGAACCUUGUACCGAACAAACUGACGAACCCGAAGCUGAACGCAGGAUAUGGUCAGAUCGGCUGAAGCCUGGGCAACGAUGGAGCGGACGAAACUGAUUAUAGUUUUUGAACUGGAUACUAAGGGCAUUGAACAUUUCACUAUGGAGGCUGGCAUAGCCUGGUGGCGCCACCUAGCGGAUUUUUUAA